UACUCUCUAACGUACAGUUACACAAGUAUCAUUUUCCAUGUAAAUUAAUGCAACAAACCGCAUCCGAGUUUGUAUUGUUUUUUAAUAGGACGUUCUGUAGUAAUCAGAAGUUUUCUUCUCGUGUAACGUAGUAGUUUUAACAUGUUGUAACUUACAUUUUCCAAACUUUCCACCGUUUCCAGGAUAUUCAAAAGGAUAGCUUCCCCGAAUGUAAUGCUAUUUACAGAUCAAGCUGUUCAAUGUACUGAGAACAUAGACUGCUGGUCUUUUGAUGUCCUUUCAGCGAACCGAGUAGCCAAUGGUCAAAUCCUCCGCCACGUGACAACUGACCUUCUAAAUCGUUAUGGUUUAAUACAUAAGUUUAAGAUUCAAACUGCAGUUCUCGAAAACUUCAUGAUCCAGAUGGAAUCAGGUUACAAUACAUACAAGAAUCCCUACCACAACAGCAUCCAUGCUGCAGACGUCACUCAGACAACCCACUAUAUGCUGUUUCAAGCAGGACUAGCGAACUGGUUAACAGAUAUGGAAGUGUUCGCUAUGUUGUUUGCUGCAGUUAUACACGAUUACAAACACACAGGCACUACUAACAAUUACCACGUGAUGUCCAGGUCAGACAUAGCGUUGAUCUAUAAUGACCGGUCAGUUCUUGAAAAUCACCACCUAAGUGAAACUUUCAGAUUACUGAAAGACCAGAACCUCAACAUUCUUCAGAAUCUAAGCAGGGACGAAUACAGGGAUUUUCGAAGCUUGGUUAUAGAGAUGGUCCUGGGAACAGACAUGACUUCACAUUUUAAUCAUCUCAAAAUCAUGAAAAAGCUUCUAGCUCAUCAAGAGUUUAGCGUAGACAAGGCGAAGGGUAUGGCUUUAGUCCUUCACUGCUGUGAUAUCAGCCACCCCAGUAAAGAAUGGAGGGUGCAUUACCACUGGACGAAACUUCUCUUGGAGGAAUUUUUUCAGCAGGGCGACAAAGAGAAAGAACUAGGUCUUCCCUUUUCGCCACUAUGUGAUAGAAACACAACCCCAGUUGCUGAAUCUCAGAUUGGAUUCAUCAACUUUAUCGUAUCUCCCAGUAUGGAAGUACUUGGGACCUUCUUGGAUAAAGUACAGUUAGCACUGACACGAGAUAUCGGACCGGGAGAAGGCUCACUAAGUGCAGAGCACGAGGAAAAGACAGCACCUAAUCCUCGUAUAAGGUCGAUACAAGCCUCGGGUAAAGGAAUCAAAUCCGUUUCCUUCGACUUGGGAAUGAUUCUGGAAUCGACGAUAAAGCAAAACCUUCUGUGAAAAUCAUCACCUCUCGUGUGUCACCAGGACUAGGUAAUCAACAGAAGAUUCCCAAACCAUGGAUUGCAUGUCUUGAACAAAAUAAAACCUUCUGGCAAGAAAGAGCAACCAAAGAUGCUGAGAUGAAGGCGUUGGAAAAUUACCAGAAGUCGUUUUCAGAAAACCAUAAAGAUGAAGCAAGCAACCCUUUAUUUUCAUCAUCAUUAGACAAAAAGUGAUUUCGUAAAUAAUGAAACUAUUUCAAGCAAACAGUAAACCGCGUCGUAAAGAAUGUGAAAAAGUGAAACUUUCCUCAACUUCUAAAAAUAUUUUACCAUACUACAUCGUAUAUUAACCAAUUACAAGCAAGGCGUGGAUCACGUGAGCAAAGUGGCUACGUUACUUAAAGAUGUGUUUAAAGUAACAAGUGCAUAAAAACAUGCGAGUUAGUCUCCCAGUGUGUGUGUGUGCAUUGUUCACAUCAGACGUUUAAUAAUAUGGGUUACGUCAUCUUCAGUCAGGCGCUUUGUGCAUUUCGUAUGUGUUGAUUAAACUGAUGUGUUCAUGUUUGAUAUGUUUUCACAGAAAUCUGUAUCGUACAUGUUUUUUCCCAAAUACAGCACUAGAAAUAACUUGUGUAUGUGAAGCAGUAAUAGUCAUAUAGAAUUUUUUUUAAACUGAAAUCAUGGCCAUAGUACUAAUUUGUUUUAUUACACUUCGAAUACAGAUAUACCUGUAUAUAUUCAGAAGUUUUCUACGUGUACACAGUACGUUUCUCGGUAAAUACCCGUACAUGGCAGGUU